AGGCGCCUGUGUAGCAGCGACCAUGGUGCUCAAGACGGAGGUGUGCCGCUUCAGCGGCCUCAAGAUCUACCCGGGUCAUGGGAUGCGUCUGACCAAGACGGACUCCCAGACCUUCCUCUUCCUCAACGCCAAGUGCAAGAGGCUGUUUAACCUCCGCCUCCGCCCCGCGAAGCUCGCGUGGACCACCCAGUACCGCAAGGCGCACAAGAAGGACACCAACAUCGUUGUCGCCCGCAAGAAGAAGCGCUCCAUCAAGACCGGCAAGCGCUCGCUCGUCGGCGCUUCCCUCGAGGUGAUCCAGAAGAAGCGCACCGAGAAGACCGAGGUCCGCGCCGCCGCCCGCGACGCCGCCCUCCGCGAGAUCAAGGAGCGCCAGAGGAAGGCCAAGGAUGCCAAGAAGGGCAAGAAGUAAGUGGAAUUCUUUUCCCAACGUUUUCGGUCGCGUGGCUACGCUGCCGAGGCGGGGACUGGUUCACUGUGGAGCAUUUCUAGCUAGACUGGCUUUUAAUACCCAAGCCGGAGGGCCGGCUUGACCCA